CUCCAACCUGGGCAACAAGAACAAAACUCUGUCUCAAAAACACAAAACAAAAAACAAAAAGAGGAGGAGGUGGUGUCACCAGAGCCUGGGGUCAGCGGAAGAAACUCUAGGAUGUCUCUGUCCAAGGCAGGGAGGAAGGGAGAGAAAUACUCUGGAUUCUUUCUGCCCUCUGCUCUCUGACCUCCAGGAGUGGCUUCCGUUGACUAAACCGCUGGAGGCCAGGUGACAGCAGCGUUCGAGAUUCAGAGCCUUCAGAAGUCAGAGCCCUGCCACACCGAGGGCAGCAGGGAAGGGGAAGGCAUGGCUCUGGGGACAAACUGCUGUGAGCCAGCACAGUCGUCUGUGCCCAAAGUUAGCCUUGCUCUGCAAUUUAUGAAUGUAGUUUUUGAUUGAACCUUCCUGCAUACCUUUUACACAUCUGGUUGGUGUAAUUCAUCCUUCCAGCCACAUUACUCAGGCCUUUAUUUUAGACUUUGUGGAGCUGCUGAAUUACCGUGGAGAUUACACAGGAACAACCAGCACUCAGUCAAGUCACUGGUGUUUGAAACUCACAAGUCGUAAUUAAUAAUUGUGUUAUUACCUUUACAGCUACGAAGCCCUUUCACAUACAUGAGACUGGUUUAUUCUCAUGCAACUCUGGAAUAGUUAUCGUUAUUCCCAUUUUGUAGAUGGAUUCUCCGAGUCUUGGAGACUUUGAAUUCCUGAAGGACAAAUAACAAACAACAGAGGUGGAAUUCAAACUCCAGUCUGCUUGGUUCCAAAUUCCCUGAUCUUCCCAUGAUAUCCUGCUGCUUCCUGCCAGAAGGAGCUACCCAGGGCCACAGCGAGAGUUUUUCUGGGCCAGUUGGCUGAGUUUAGGAGGAAGGAGAGGAUAUGUUUUAAACUUGCAAAAUUCUAGAUGACCCAUAAAUUAAAAUGCCGUUGCUGAGUGUGACGCGAGGCCUGUCUUGCCUUCCAGUCUGAAGGUUACCUCCUCACUGAAGGACCUGCACUCUUGCCCUUACACAUCUAGAUUCAGUUCUUCAAUAUACAGGGCUGGCUGUUCUAGAAAGAUCGGAGUCACAGCAGUGGGUGCCACCCCACACCUGACAGAGGCAGGCAGGGAGGAAGGGAGGGUUCUUACCUCCCAUCUCCCUCAAUAAAAUUCAGGAUGCCCAGUGAAAUUUGAAUGUCAGAUAGGCAAUUUGUUGGUAUAAGGAUGUAUCUAGCAUUGAAAUGAUGCCUUGUAAUUUACUAAAUCUGAAACUAUGCAACCUCAUCUCAUGGUGGGCAGUGAUGUGAUCCCAGGUUUCAGGGGCGUGGGGGCGGGGAAGGGUGCUGGGGGAUUCUGAGGUCAGGAACCCAUACAGCUCUACUUUUGCCCUCUCUCCCCUGUGCCGGCCACAGGGUAGUGAUUCCUGUGUGGGUGCAGAGGCAGAAGUGGGUCUGGAAGGGGAUUCCCAGUGUCUGGCAAGUUCUGGUGAAUUCCGCAUUGGAGGUUCUCUCUGUAGUAAGGGGAGUUGGCCUGGCCUGAAGUGAAAGCUGGCUUACCGGGUUUCAUUUAGCUCUUCAGUUAGUCUGUUUGCACUGGUGGGCAUUCAAAUCUGAUCAAGAAGGUAAAAUGAGCCUUCAGGAUCCCUAAAUACAUGUGAAGAAAGGAAAGAGGAGGCCCCUGAGUGGCUGGAGCGAGCAGGUGGGAUGAGCUGGUGCCGCUGGCCCAGGAGAAGAUGGGAGGGCAGACACUGGGCCUCAGGUGGGUGUCAAGGGAAGGGGACAGACGGAAUGCUGGGGCCGGCUCUUGCUGCUGGGUCUGCAGAAUGCAGAGCUGGGGGCACGCACCAGGCGUCAGGUCCCCAGCAGGGCAGCAGUGAGUGCAGCCUCACUGCUGGGAGCAUCUGCCCUGCUCACUCAUCGGAGCUCGGGGAGCUCGGGGGCUGCUCUCAGCCCUGCCGCUAAGGCCAUCCACAACCUCCAGUGGUGUCUCUGAGCCUUUGUUCACCUGGCACAUGGGAUGAGUAUACUGCAUUUCCUUUUUGGCUCCUCUUAGUUCUGAAUCUCUGCUGGUGUGUGUAUGCCUUCAAGCCGCCUCAUUACCGCUGUUCUGCGUGCACCGGCCAGACAAGAGGGCUGGCAACCUCGUUUCGUUAACCGUCUUUAUUCUAUCCAAAGUUUUCUUCUUCAUUUUCCCCUCCAUUUUUCCCCCUGUCCAGGCAAAACAUCAAACCUCUUUUUCCAAAGGGUCAUAGUGAAAUGAGUUAACCGAAGAGGUCCGCCUCACAUCAGCAGCUGAGUAGUAACUCUGUGGGACAGGGGCUCCAAUCCGUUUCCAGUCUCAGUCCACUCUCCGAUUGUUCAUUCACUCACUCAGCAAGGACUUACUGAGCUCACAGGAUGCAUCAGGCCGAUCGGAGCUGGAGGCAGGAACGCUUCAGCAGAAUUACGAAAUGUGGGAAACUCCAGGGCUGCCCUUGAGAUGGAGUUGCUGCCCCUUUGGCUCUGCCUGGGUUUUCACUUCUUGACAGUGGACUGGAGGGACAGAAGUGUAAUGGCCACAGCAGCUUCCCAACGGGGCUGUAAGUUGGUGGGUGGAGACACUGACUGCCGAGGGCAGAGCCUUGCUUCGGUGCCCAGCAGCCUCCCGCCCCACGCCCGGACGCUCAUCCUGGAUGCCAACCCUCUCAAGGCCCUGUGGAAUCACUCCCUCCAGCCUUACCCUCUCCUGGAGAGCCUCAGCCUGCACAGCUGCCACCUGGAACGCAUCGGCCGCGGCGCCUUCCAGGAGCAAGGCCACCUGCGCAGCCUGGUCCUGGGGGACAACUGCCUUUCAGAGAACUACAAAGAGACGGCAGCGGCACUCCACACCCUGCCAGGCCUGCAGACGCUGGACUUGUCAGGAAACUCCCUGACGGAGGACAUGGCGGCCCUCAUGCUCCAGAACCUCUCCUCGCUGCAGUCCGUGUCCCUGGCGAGGAACACCAUCAUGCGGCUGGAUGACUCGGUCUUCGAGGGCCUGGAGCGUCUCCGGGAGCUGGAUUUGCAGAGGAACUACAUCUUUGAGAUUGAGGGAGGUGCUUUUGACGGCCUGACUGAGCUGAGACACCUCAACCUGGCCUACAACAACCUCCCCUGCAUUGUGGACUUCGGGCUCACACAGCUGCGGUCUCUCAACGUCAGCUACAAUGUCCUGGAGUGGUUCCUCGCGGCCGGGGGAGAGGCUGCGUUUGAGCUGGAGACGCUGGACCUGUCUCACAACCAGCUGUUGUUUUUCCCGCUGCUGCCGCAGUACAGCAAGUUGCAUACCCUCCUGCUGCGUGACAACAACAUGGGCUUCUACAGGGACCUGUACAACACCUCGUCGCCAAGGGAGAUGGUGGCCCAGUUCCUCCUUGUGGACGGCAAUGUGACCAACAUCACCACCGUCAACCUCUGGGAAGAAUUUUCCUCCAGCGACCUCGCAGAUCUCCGCUUCCUGGACAUGAGCCAGAACCAGUUCCAGUACCUGCCAGAUGGCUUCCUGAGGAAAAUGCCUUCCCUCUCCCACCUGAACCUCAACCAGAAUUGCCUGAUGACGCUUCACAUUCGGGAGCACGAGCCCCCUGGAGCGCUCACCGAGCUGGACCUGAGCCACAACCAGCUGUCAGAGCUGCACCUGACUCCAGGGCUGGCCAGCUGCCUGGGCAGCCUGCGCUUGUUCAACCUGAGCUCCAACCAGCUCCUGGGCGUCCCCCCUGGCCUCUUCGCCAAUGCCACGAACAUCACUACACUUGACAUGAGCCACAAUCAGAUCUCACUUUGUCCCCUGCCAGCUGCCUCGGACCGGGUGGGCCCCCCUAGCUGUGUGGAUUUCAGGAAUAUGGCAUCUUUAAGGAGCCUCUCUCUGGAGGGCUGUGGGCUGGGGGCAUUGCCAGACUGCCCAUUCCAAGGGACCUCCCUCACCUCCUUAGACCUCUCAAGCAACUGGGGGGUUCUGAAUGGGAGCCUCGCCCCACUCCGGGACGUUGCCCCCAUGUUACAGGUCCUGUCUCUCAGGAACAUGGGCCUCCACUCCAACUUUAUGGCGCUGGACUUCUCCGGGUUUGGGAAUCUGAGGGACUUAGACCUGUCGGGAAAUUGCUUGACCACCUUCCCAAGGUUUGGGGGCAGCCUGGCCCUGGAGACCCUGGAUCUCCGUAGAAACUCGCUCACAGCCCUUCCCCAGAAGGCUGUGUCUGAGCAGCUCUCGAGAGGUCUGCGGACCAUCUACCUCAGUCAGAAUCCGUAUGACUGCUGUGGGGUGGACGGCUGGAGGGCCCUGCAGCAGGGGCAGACGGUGGCCGACUGGGCCACGGUCACUUGUAACCUCUCCUCCAAGAUCAUCCACCUGGCGGAGCUGCCCGGGGGUGUGCCUCGGGACUGUAAGUGGGAGCGGCUGGACCUGGGCCUGCUCUACCUGGUGCUCAUCCUCCCCAGCUGCCUCACCCUGCUGGUGGCCUGCACCCUCAUCGUCCUCACUUUUAAGAAGCCUCUGCUUCAGGUCAUCAAGAGCCGCUGCCACUGGUCCUCUGUUUACUGACCUGCCUGUGUGCCAAGACUCGAAACUUGGUCUGCACACAACAGGACAUUUUCUCUUUUCCCUGCUAGCUUUCAAGAUGGGAUGCAGAGGCCAAGUCUGACGAAUUGAAGUUUCAAUUAAAAUUUAAAAUGUUUCCAUUCCUCAUCUCCACCCCCCGCCCCCCACCCAAGUUCUUUUUCCAUCAUUAUAAUUCAUCCUCAUUAUCGUGGUAAAAUAUUUAUUAGGUGACAUUUUAUAGAAAUAAAAGGCAACGUGUCUCAUAAAUAUUUUUUAAAUUAAA